AUGGUGCCCACGGAUCAUGAGGGGUCACCAUGGCCACGGGGCGGUCCUGCCCCUGGGUGCCUGCUGUGGCCUUGCCUUCCAGGCCUCGUGGAGGUGUUCCCUCCUGCCCUCUUCCUGCGGCUGCCUGCCGGGCCGCCAGCCUCCCUUCUGCACCUGCAGGGCCUGCCCCCGAGGCUGCAGCGGAGGUUACAGGAAGUGACGGAAGCAGGCGGCCGCACAAGCCGUGGGGGGCCUUUCACAGACCCCGGCGCCCUGUUGAAGCCGGGCCACCUGCUGUUUUGGUGCUGCCCCGGCAGCCUUGACUCAUCAAGUGGACGGUGUCUGGGGGCCCCGGUCGACGUCACUCCUCCUCUCUCCUCAGAAUCGAGUUGGAAAAGCUUUCUGAAAAAAACACGCUUUUGA